AACGUUCUUUGUUAAGAUCGAGUAAGUUACGACUCACAACCCCACCAACCAACCAGCGAAGAUCAUGUCCGGCCGUGGCAAGGGAGGCAAAGUCAAGGGAGCGUCCAAGACCCGCUCGAGCCGUGCCGGGCUGCAGUUCCCGGUUGGUCGGAUCCACCGUCUGCUGCGGAAGGGCAACUACGCCGAACGGAUCGGUGCCGGAGGUCCGGUCUAUCUGGCGGCCGUCAUGGAGUAUCUGGCCGCGGAGGUGCUCGAACUGGCAGGAAACGCCGCUCGGGACAACAAGAAGACCCGCAUCAUCCCGCGGCACCUGCAGCUGGCCAUCCGGAACGACGAAGAGCUGAACAAGCUGCUGUCGGGAGUGACCAUCGCGCAGGGCGGCGUCCUGCCCAACAUCCAGGCCGUGCUGCUGCCCAAGAAGACCGAGAAGAAGGCUUAAGAGGUAUGCCUGCCUGAAGCCGUCGGACAAUGGCCACGACCCUCCGUGAGGAGAACACGCGAAACAAUCAAAAACCGUCCUUUUCAGGACGACC